UUUUUCAAGUAAAUUAAAGCAAAGCUUGUUGGUUGUUUAUCGCUUUAAAAAUUAAAAAUCUGUUCAAUGUUAUUUGUCAUGACAUUAUUUAUCUCGUUCCAUUCGUAAAUUGUUACUUUAUAUGUGAUAUUUUCGAAUAUCAGUGUGUCGUUUUUGGUGAUGUAUUUUAUAUAAUGAAGUUGAUGUCCUAGCUGAGCGUACGCUAACAAUAAUGCACCAUCGACUCAUCAGAAAACCAUUGAUAGACACAAAGCAACACUUGACGAAACCGCAAGUUAUAAAAUGGCAUUAAACUUACAGAGCUUGAUUUUGCUGUUGGGCUUAAUCUAUGUUCACGCUCAGACUCCAGAUAUUACUAAGGAUGACAAAAGUUUGGCUAAAAUCAGUGUAAUACAGUAUGAGGGUGUGAUAUUUUUAUCUACACUCGACGGUUCAUUCAUUGCAGUCGACCAAAAUACCGGAAAAACAUUAUGGAAUUUCGCUGAUGAUCCUCCAGUCAAAGUUCCAUCUAAUAUAAAGGAUGCUUUAUCGCCAUUAUUUUUACCCGAUCCUAGAGAUGGUUCUUUAUACUUGUUGCACAAUAAAGAUAAGGUAGGAAUAAAAAAAUUGGACAUCACUAUUCCGCAGUUAGUAGCGAAUUCCCCGUGUAGGAGUUCUGAUGGGAUUUUAUUUUCUGGCAAAAAAAUUGAUAGCUGGUAUUUUAUUGACUGGAAUACUGGUGAAAAAUAUCCAUUCAUGAAUUUUGAUAAAGAUGAAGAUAUUUGCACAGCAAUUGCCUCAAAAUCUAUUCUCUUGAGCAAAUCUGAAUACAGUGUUCUCAUGGUUGACAGUACUAGUAGUGACAAACGACAGUGGAACGUUACCUUCUUUAGCUACAACUCGAAAACUAUGACGGAUGAACAGAUUUUUAACCAUGGUAUGAAAUAUUUUUCUGCCAGUUCUUCUGGACACUUUGUGGUUUUUCGAAAUCCAAAAGAUAAGCUCGAUAAACCACCUGAAAGUAAUAAUUAUCAUAAUUUGGUUUGGGAAAGAGAAUUUGAUUCUCCGGUUAUUGGAGUUUAUUUGCACGACGGCGAAAGUUUAUUAUCAUUACCACUUACAAACAUAGCCAAAGACUCGAUAAAACAUUUAAUUACAGACAUUGUGUUGACAUCUAAGGAUCCUAAUACCAUAAACUAUUUCAACACUCUUUACAUUGGUCAUCAUGUAGAUACUGGAUUGUAUGCGCUGCCAGCCAUCGCCGAAUCUAGUGAAGUAAAUCCAUUAGUCGACAGAGGUCUUAUAGUUUUAUUGGAUAAAACGUCUUUUUCAGUAUUACCAUACUAUAGUGGUAAUGAUUUUAAUGUGGAACCAAAAAAUGUAGAAAAUCACACAAUUUUAUUGGGACAUUACCAGCUGAGUCAAGAUUCGAACACUGGAAUACCAAGAAUAACUGGCAAUACAGAUUCUAUAAUCUACUACCACAACAUGAGCGGAUAUAACUACAGCAACAAACAGCAAACAAGCACUAUAUCCACACAAACCCCUCAAAGUUUGGAAAAUGGAUUCAUUGUUCAAAUACUAGGAGAAAAUGCUGGAAUUAAAGUAUUCAUGGUUUGGAUAACGUUGCUGAUGAGUUUGAUGUUCUGGUAUCUAAAGAAAGAAAUGAAAGGUCUCAAGAAUAAUUCCAACAAUGGUUAUAAUAGUUCUCAAGGAAGUUCUAAAGGAUCAAAUCAUUCCGUCAGUAAUUCAUCUCAAAUAGUUGAAGAAUUACCAGAUGGUAGUUUUUCUAUUGGGAAAAUUAUGUUUCGCACUGAUCAAAUAUUAGGAAAAGGAUGUGAAGGAACAUCCGUGUUUAAAGGAGAAUUUGAACGUCGACCGGUUGCCGUUAAACGAUUACUACCCGAGUGUUUUAUUGCUGGAGAAAGGGAAGUACAUAUUCUCCGUGAAUCCGAUUAUCAUCCAAAUGUAGUUCGGUACUUUUGUACUGAACAAGAUAAACAUUUCCGUUACAUUGCACUUGAAUUGUGUGCAGCGACAUUACAAGAUUAUGUAGAGAAAAAUAUACUUAGCACAGAGAUCAGUCAAAAAGAUGUUAUGUUACAAUCAAUUAAAGGCUUGCAACAUCUGCACUCGCUGGGAAUAGUACACAGGGAUAUAAAACCGCAUAACGUAUUGUUAUCAGUACCGUCUCGUGGUAGUGGUAGUUUCAGUAGCGUGCGUGCUUUAAUUAGUGAUUUUGGACUGUGUAAAAAGCUUCAAGGAGGCAAAAUGUCAUUUUCAAAACGUUCCGGAGUUACUGGCACCGAUGGUUGGAUAGCACCCGAAAUGUUUAAUGAAAAUGCAUCUGUUACAAAAUCUAUUGAUAUAUUUUCAAUGGGUUGCUUGUUUUAUUACAUUCUCAGUAAUGGUAAGCAUCCGUUUGGUGAUAAUCUGUCGCGUCAGUCGAAGAUAUUUGAUGGCCAAGCACCAUGUCUUGACGCCUUAUAUGAUAAUGAAAUUUGGAAACGUUUAAUUGCUGUGAUGAUAAGUCAAAAUCCAGAAGAGAGGCCUACGGCAUCGGCUGUUCGAUCUUAUCCGUCGUUUUGGACAAGCUGUACAUUGCUUUCUUUUCUUCAGGACGUUAGUGAUCGGGUAGAAAAAGAGCAGGUGACUAGUUCAAUAAUGUUAGAAUUGGAAAAAGGUGGCGACGGAGUAUUCGGCAAUGAUGGUUGGCAUGAUAAAAUUCAUGAAGAAAUCACUUCAGAACUGAGAAAGUAUCGUACAUACAGAAGUAACAGUAUUAGAGAUUUAUUAAGAGCUUUUCGAAAUAAGAAACACCAUUUUAGAGAGCUAUCUGAAGGCACCCAGAAAUUAUUAGGAGACAUUCCAGAUAAAUUUCUGGAAUAUUGGACUGUCAAGUUUCCUUUGUUGGUGUAUCACACUUGGACAGCAAUGCAAUGCUUGUCUAGUGAAAUCACAUUUGCCAAGUAUUACACUAGCUGCUUCAUGUUCCCACGAACUGAAUUUACAAAUUUACCAAAUUGGUUAUAUGAGUCUGACCAACCAGCUGCAUUCAGUAGUUUGCAACAAAAAUCUUCUAGAAGACCAAACACAAACACGAAUAGUUGGCGACAUAAAAGAAACAUAAAAAAUCAUUCCAAACCGCUCCAGAACCAUGAUUUCAAUAGCUAAUCAAGUGUUUUAAGGUGUUCAGAACUCGUUUUGUAGCCAAACUUUGUUGCUACUGGUGCAAAUGAAAAACUACCACUAUCAGUUCCAGUUAUACGAAAAUCGUCAGAAUUCAUGUCUUGGGAAAUUGUAUAACCUAACUCUUCAGCAGCUUCAAGUAUUGUGGUUGCCACUGGUGUUGUGUGCGUCGGCCUUUGACUGAAGAAUUUUUGUUUUUUUAUCGGUGAUCCUGGGUACAUAAUUUACUUGUUAUUUUUUACGUGUUAUUUUAAGUUAUGCGAAUUCUUCUCAAUUGUACAGACUUUUUGUAUAGAUUUAAAUUAUGUAAUAUUUUGAAACCACACAUAUGAUGCAUUUCUGUGUUGACUAUUGUACAUUUUUUUUAACGCAAUAUAUACCUAUAUUUA